UGAUGCGUCACAGUUGUGGGGAAUACUGCACAUUUUAGUGUGAUGCAAUUCCAAAAUCCUCGAAAGCUAUAAAGACUAUAAAGACUUGAAUCCAAUUAAUGACACAUUUUUUCCAGAGCUAUUCGUCACAAGCAAGUGUCGUUCUUGAUUUUUCUUUUUUGCAAAAUGUUUCAUAUAGUUUAUUCCAUGACAACAGCAAAUUGCUUUCGAAGAGUGUGAAAAUGUGAAAUAUUUUGUAGAGGCUGAUCUGCGAUUUGGGAUGUUUCAAUGACAUCGUAUUUUUAGGAGCAAGUUCAAGAAACAUCAAGAUGGAAUUUCCAGCAGGUGCUUCAAGUAGAGGGUAAAGACUCGUGGCAAUAAAGUCAUAGCACCAUGACAUCUGAAUCCCCCCCAUCUCUACACUACCACCACCAGUAUGGCAUGGUCUGGCCGUUUGGAUGGGGUGGCCGCCUUCUGUGGAUGCUGUGUGUGGGGAUGAGCCCUGGGUCCUGGGCCUCCCAUCAGCACUUCCAUCCCCACUCCAUCAAGAUCCCUGGAGACAUCACCCUUGGGGGCCUGUUCCCCGUCCACGCCAGGGGGCCUCAUGGCCUGCCCUGUGGGGAGAUCAAGAAGGAGAAAGGCAUUCACCGCAUGGAGGCCAUGCUCUACGCCCUGGACCAGAUCAACAGUGACCCUGAGCUGCUCCCCAACAUCACUCUGGGGGCCAGGAUCCUGGACACCUGCUCCAGAGACACCUACGCCCUGGAACAGUCGCUCACCUUCGUCCAGGCUCUCAUCCAGAAGGAUACCUCGGACAUUCGCUGCUCCAACGGAGAGCCGCCCAUCAUCCGCAAGCCUGAGCGUGUGAUAGGGGUGAUCGGGGCCUCGGCCAGCUCUGUGUCCAUCAUGGUUGCCAACGUGCUGCGUCUAUUUGAGAUUCCCCAGAUCAGCUAUGCCUCCACAGCCCCAGAGUUAAGUGACAAUAACCGCUACGACUUCUUCUCGCGUGUGGUCCCUCCUGACUCGUACCAGGCCCAGGCUAUGGUGGACAUAGUCAAGGCAAUGGGUUGGAACUAUGUGUCUACACUGGCAUCAGAGGGAAGCUAUGGGGAGAGCGGAGUUGAUUCCUUCCAGCAGAUCUCUCGAGAGGCAGGAGGUCUGUGCAUCGCACAGUCUCUUAAGAUCCCACGGGAGCCGAAGCCGGGAGAGUUUGACAAGAUCAUUAAAAGGCUGAUGGAAACUUCCAAUGCCCGGGGGGUCAUCAUCUUUGCAAAUGAGGAUGACAUCAAACGGGUUCUGGAGGCAGCGAAGAGGGCCAACCUCACAGGUCACUUCCUGUUUGUAGGUUCUGACAGCUGGGGUGCCAAGAGCUCCCCUAUUCUAGACCAGGAGGACGUGGCUGAGGGAGCUGUCACCAUUCUACCCAAGAGAGCCUCUAUUGAAGGCUUCGACCAGUACUUCACCUCCAGAUCUUUAGAGAACAACCGUAGAAACAUUUGGUUCGCUGAGUUCUGGGAGGACGAUUUCAGGUGUAAACUGACAAGGCCAGGCAUCAAAAUAGACAGCGAAAAGAAAAAGUGUACAGGAGAGGAGAGGAUAAGUCGUGACACUCCCUAUGAGCAGGAGGGAAAGGUGCAGUUUGUGAUCGAUGCGGUCUAUGCCAUGGCCCAUGCCUUACACAGCAUGCACCUGGACCUGUGCCCCGGCGCCAUGGGCGUCUGUGAUAAGAUGGAUCCCGUGGAGGGCCGGAUGCUGCUCAACUAUAUUCGUUCUGUGAACUUUAACGGCAGCGCAGGGACAGGAGUUCUAUUCAAUGAGAAUGGAGAUGCACCAGGACGUUAUGAUAUCUUCCAGUACCAGAUGUCAAACACUACCAUUCCUGGAUACAGAGUCAUAGGUCAAUGGACCAACAAUCUGCGACUCAAUGUGGAGGAGAUGCAGUGGUCAGGUGGGGACCGUCAGAUCCCUGACUCGGUAUGCAGUUUCCCCUGUAACCCUGGAGAGAGGAAGAAGAUGGUGAAGGGUGUGCCCUGCUGCUGGCACUGUGAGCUGUGUGACGGCUACCAGUACCAGCUGGAUGAGAUUAACUGUGAGACCUGCCCCUUCGACAUGCGCCCCACGCCUAACCGGACGAGCUGCUGGUCCACGCCCAUCAUCAAGCUGGAGUGGCACUCCCCCUGGGCCAUCAUCCCUGUGUUCCUGGCCAUCCUGGGUAUCCUGGCCACCUCCUUUGUGGUCAUCACCUUCAUCCGCUUCAAUGACACUCCCAUCGUCCGCGCCUCUGGCCGGGAGCUCAGCUACGUCCUCCUCACAGGCAUCUUUCUCAUCUACCUCAUCACUUUCCUCAUGAUCGCAGAGCCAGGCGCCGUGGUGUGUGCCUUCCGCCGGCUGCUGCUGGGCCUGGGCAUGGCCAUCACCUACUCCGCCAUGCUCACCAAGACCAACCGCAUCUACCGCAUCUUUGAGCAGGGCAAGAAGUCUGUGUCGCCACCCAAGUUCAUCAGCCCCACCUCUCAGCUGGCCAUCACGUUCAUCCUCAUGUCUGUACAGCUGCUAGGGGUGUUUGUCUGGUUUGCUGUGGUACCACCCCAUACCAUCAUAGACUACGAGGAGCAGAGGCCUCCCAACCCGGAGAUGGCCCGGGGGGUCCUCAAGUGUGACAUGUCCGACCUGUCGCUAAUCUGCUGCCUGAGCUACAGCAUUGUCCUCAUGGUGACCUGCACUGUCUACGCAGUCAAGAGCAGAGGGGUGCCGGAGACCUUCAACGAGGCCAAGCCCAUCGGCUUCACCAUGUACACCACAUGCAUUGUCUGGCUGGCUUUCGUGCCCAUCUUUUUUGGCACGGCACAGUCCACGGAGAAGAUGUUCAUCCAGACCACCACGCUGACAGUCUCCAUGAGCCUGAGUGCCUCUGUGUCUCUGGGGAUGCUCUACAUACCCAAGGUCUAUGUCAUCAUCUUCCACCCAGAGCAGAACGUACAGAAGAGGAAGCGCAGCUUCAAAGCCGUGGUGCAGGCAGCCACCAUGUCUACUCGGCUCUCCCAGAAGUCCAACGACAAGCAGAACGGAGAGACGCAGAACAAGAUCGAGCCAGACAGAACACAGUAACAGAAGUGUGGCCAAUCAUUUGUCCAGAGGACCUACAGCAGGAGAUGUUAUUGAAGACCAUGCAGUAUGGAGAGGAGGCCUG